AUGUUCUCUAAGCUCUUUGUUACCGCCAUGGCGGUCGCCGGCGCCAACGCCGCCCGUCCUUUCCUCAACGAGGCCGACACUGGUCUCGCAGAUGUUCUCGGUGACGACUACCCCGUUGGCCAGCUCCCUCCCCUAGAGGACAUGGUUGGUCUGCCCGACUUCGAUUGGGCUGCCCGCAACUACCUCCCCGCCACUAACUACACCUACUACCGCAACGGUGUUGGCGGUGAGUCGUCGUACAGGAACAACCUCGAGGUUUUCAGCCGCUACCGCCUGAGGCCCCGUACCAUGGUUGACAUUAGCAACGUUGGCGACUCCCUUCAGACUACUAUCCUCGGCUAUAACUUUUCUAGCCCCUUCUUCAUCUCUCCUGCCGCCCGCGCCGACUUCGCUCACCCCGACGCCGAGCUGAACCUGAUGAAGGCCGCCGGUAUUGGAGGCAUCCCCUACAUUGUAAAUUCCCCUCUGGGCGAGGCUCUCGAGAAAAUGCAUGUUGCGGAUACUUACACACAGAAACAGGUCUCAGGCUACGCGUCCCUGCCCUGGGAGGAUAUUGCCAACGUCGCCCUCGACAAUCAGACUUUCUUCACCCAAAUCUACUUCCAGAACAACGUCACUCAGAACAAGGAGCUCGUUGAGCAGGCUGUCAAGAUCGGUGCCAAGGCCCUUGUCUGGGCCGUCGACUCUCCCGGCUCCCCUGACCGCCAGCGUGCUGCCCGUUUUGACGUCGGCUCCCAGAACACCGAGUUCAUCACCAACACUUGGGAGAAAUACGACCAGUUUAGGUCGUGGACCGAUCUGCCUAUUGUUCUCAAAGGUAUCCAGACUGUCGAGGACGCUCGCGCUGCCGUUGACCACGGCGUCGACGCCAUUAUCCUCUCCAACCACGGUGCGCGCAACCUUGACGGCUCCCCCUCCUCGCUCGAGACUGCCCUCGAGAUCUUCCAGCAGGACCCCAAGAUCUUUGAGGAGAUUGAGGUUUUCGCCGACGGUGGUAUCCGCUACGGUAGCGACGCCCUUCGCCUUUUCGCCCUCGGUGUCAAGGCCAUUGGUAUCGGUCGCCCCAUCAUGUACUCCAACAUCUACGGUGUCGAUGGCGUCAGCAAGGUUAUCUCACUGCUUCACACUUCCAUCAAGAACGACGCCGCGAACCUUGGACUUGCCAGUCUCAAAGAUAUCAACUCCACUUACGUUAACUGGACCCCCCAGUUCUCGUGGGGUGUCUAA